AAAGACAAAGAAACGACAUCAUCACUGUUACUGCUUUGAACCACCAAAAUCAACUACACGUAUCCGACUUCACCAAGCGAUACUUUUUAUCACGCACCAUUUCGUCUCGAUCAAAGGCAGUAGUAAUAUCGUCAACACAGACCGGUCCACUACACUUCAACCUCACAUACCGACAUCAAAAUGGCACCCACGACGUUAACGCCUCAAUAUCCUGCCCAGCCUUAUGGCUUCGCUCCGCCACCCUCCCCUCCUUUGGACGACUCCAACAAGUGCUCCCUGCCCUCGAUUUCGAACCUGCUUGUCAUGGCCGAUCAGGGAUCUCCUACCUCAGAGACAUCUCCUCAGUCUCAGCAAUUGCACUUCUCAAAGCCUGACAACCGUCCCAACUCUUCCCAGUUUGGCAACCCAGCAUCGAUCAGGGCGAACCUCCCCCCUAGUCCUCCCAUGUCUUCGGAAGCUUCUUUUGAAGGAUACCGCUCUCCUUCAAGCAAGCCAGCAAGCCAGUCUCAGGGCAGCUCCAACUACUACUAUGAGACCACGCCGCCUUUGAGCCAGCAUGAAGCCGACUCCCGGCAGAUGGCCACUGCUGCACCCAGAGCCCCUGUUCAGUCAUCAACCUUCCAAACACAGUACCCGUCGUCAGCCGGCUACUCGAGUCAGUCAGGCAUGAACCCUUAUUACCCUCCCAUGCAGCCGACACCCCCUCCGCAGCAGCAGAUGUCGGGCUUGUAUUAUCAGCGACCACUCCCUCAGACUUUCACCCCUGCUGUGCCAGUUCCAGUCACUCUCGCACCAGUCACGGGAGCCAACCCUUGGCAACAUCACCACUAUAUUGCUCCUUCUUCCACUGCAUCUUUUCCGCAGUCUCAAGACCGGUACAUCUGCCAGACUUGCAACAAGGCCUUCUCUCGACCGAGCUCAUUGCGAAUCCACAGCCACUCUCACACUGGUGAGAAGCCUUUCAAGUGCCCCCAUGCAGGCUGCGGAAAGGCCUUCAGCGUUCGCAGUAACAUGAAGCGUCAUGAGCGUGGCUGCCACAGUUUUGAGAGCAGCAACGGCAGAAGCAGUGGCAACAGCAACAACGGCGCAUCUGCCUAGGCGGCCAAUCUUCGUUUCUUUUCUAUUCACACCUCAUACGUUAUACAACCAGCCUAGACGGUCCGGAUUGGCAUGAAAGGUUUUGAGAGAAGUGUUAUCACCAUCUCCAUGGGAAAUCGGGUUUCAUAUGCAGGGAUCAUUCCUACAAAGCCUGGCAUGUGUUUACGGGGGAAAAGGGCGACAAAUCACCGCAUACAAAUAGCGCAUCACUGCUUGGGGCCGGCAGAGAUUUCAUAUCGUUCAACAACAGGUACACACAACGACCUGUAUGCGUUUUACAGUCUCAAAAGAUCGGGGUCUCUUUUCGGAACGGCAGGUCACGGUCUAGGGUCUACAGGGUCUAAAGGGGUUUCAGGGAUGACCUUUAGGGUUGGCUACUCACAAAAAAGCUUCCACGGCGCGAAACGGGUUUGGCUUGCUUCAGCAUUUACACGGGCGUUCACGCGGAGAUGACAUGCGAGAACCAAAGAAAUGGCUCGCACUUGGCAUGAAUUGGCGGCUGUUUUUUGUUUUCUCUUUUUUAUUUUUUCAAUUCUUUCAUAUCCCCACACGUUCACAUAAUGUCUAUGGAGCGGGAUGCCCUUCUAUGGGCGAUUGUAUAUUUAGCAUUACGCGCUGUCCUUCAACAGAAGAAGUUGAAGAGCAAAGCCGGGAAUCAACGUUUGCAUGAGGAUGGAUAGGGCGGACUUCAAAAUUAUCAAUGCACAAUGUUCGACAAAACUUGAUACGAGCGAGAAAUCGUCAAAAAUUGAAGCACUGGGUUUU